AUGGUUUCCAUCCUCCUCCAGGUGACCUGCAGCUUCCUUGCCUGGCUGUUUCUCUACACCUGCUUCUGCUGCUGGAACAAGCACCGUUCCCACGAGUGGAGCUGUCGUUUGGUCACCCUGCUGCAUGGGGUGAUUGUCACCUGCCUCUCUGGUUACGUUGCUCUCUUGGAUGGCCCCUGGCCUCUAACCCAUGCAGGUUCAUCAAACACCUCUCUUCAGAUCCAUGUGCUGUCCCUGACCUUGGGGUACUUCCUCUUCGACCUGGGCUGGUGCCUGUAUUUCCAGACAGAGGGGAUCCUAAUGCUGUUCCACCACACGCUCAGCAUCUGUGGCAUGAUCGUGGUGCUGGGCCUUGGGAAGUCUGCUACAGAAGUCAACGCUGUUGUCUUUGUUAGUGAGAUCACCAACCCACUGCUCCAGACCCGCUGGUUUCUGCGGGAAAUGGGAUGUUACCACACUUGGCUGGGAGAGGUGGUGGAUUUCUUCUUCGUGUUCCUCUUCCUGGGGCUGCGCAUCGGGGGAGGAGCUCUGAUCAUGCACGCCAUGGUGACAUCCCCUCAUCCCAGCUGGCUCCUCAAGGCUGGAGGCCUGGCCAUGUACGUGGUGUCUUUGGUGUUCAUGGUGGAAAUAGGUCGCUUUGUCAGGAGGAAAAUGUUGAAAAAGUGUGGUUCCUGGGCAAGUGUGAGGAGUGGGAACACACCUGGGAAAACUAAUGGGCACUCGACACCUCAUUGA